AUGUCGGGCUCCACAAAGUACAUGCUGGUGUCUUUGCCCACGUCCAUUUCAACAUCCAGCGACAAGGAGGAGGCUUUUACGGCUCUACGUUCAACAGUAUCAGGAGACAGCGUUGCCGUACUGCCGUUCAAGAUUCCCGAAUUCAAGAUUGGAACUCUCGAUGCUUUGGUGCAGCAAGCAGAUGACCUGGCGAAACUAGAGAAUGCCUGCGAAGGUGUAGUGGCUAAGAUGGGCGACUCUUUAAAGAACCUACUCGAGGGCGAUGAGGACAAGAUCGCCCAGCAGAAAACGGUGAAUGACAAGCCUUCGGAUCAAUAUCUACGAUCCUUCAACUGGAACAAAGUCAAGUAUCGUGCCGAUAAGCCGCUGGCAGAGCUCAUUGAAUUGUUGCAGAAGGAGCUUGCCAGCAUUGACAACGAUGUAAAAAGCAAGACCACCCAGUACACGCAAGUCAAGACGAAUCUCACAACACUCCAACGGAAACAAACUGGAAAUCUCUCCACCAGGUCACUCACUCCAGUUGUUGACCCCAAGUUACUGAUCCACGAAUCGGAAUACAUCGAGACCCACCUCGUUGUUGUCCCUAACAAUUCCAAGAAGGAUUUCCUAAGAAGUUAUGAGACUUUGUCACCGAUGGUCGUUCCCCGAUCCGCUUACGAAAUCACCAAGGACGACGAAUUCGUUCUGUUUGCUGUCACAACCUUUAAGAAGCAUAGCGCAGAGUUCCAGCACAAAUGCAGAGAGAUGAAAUGGACGCCAAGAGAUUACAAGUAUGUUGAAGGCGGAAAGGAGGAGGAGCGCAAGGAGAUUGAGAAAGUGGGCAAGGACGAGCGUAAAGUUUGGGGCGAGGCAUUGCGACUUGGACGGACGGGAUGGAGCGAAGCUGUCAUGAUAUGGAUACAUGUUCUGACACUUCGGGUCUUCGUAGAAACCGUCUUACGCUAUGGACUUCCGCUUGACUUCGUCUGCGGGCUAAUCAAGGCAAAUACCAAAUCUGCGAAGAAAGCGAAGACUGCGCUGGACUCGACUUACUCAUAUCUUGGUGGAAAUGCAUUCGGACGAGAUAAGAAGGGCAAGGUUACAAAAGAUGACUCGGCACUAUCCUCGGAAAUGGCCGCGGCUGGGGUUGGUGGUCAGGGGGGCGAGGGCAAUGAGUAUACAGCCUAUGUUUAUUAUGACUUUGAGAUUGUAUAG